AUGGCCAAGGACAGGAAACAUAUUAUUGAAUUCCUUGAUAUGAUGUUGAUUAAUGGUUCAAAGCUAUCCGCAGAAGAGAAACUCUGUUCUUACAAGGGAGUUUUGUAUCCUGUUACUAUUUGCCGCCCUGAAACUUUACAAGCUCUUGAAACUUUUGAGGCCAGGGAAGAUGAUGUGAUCAUGACAGGAUAUCCUAAAUGUGGUACCCACUGGCUUGAAUACAUCCUAAAUGACAUGUCUGUCAUGGCUGCAAAAUAUACAGAAGAGGAAAAGAAAAAGAGGAUCGAACUUGAGAGGGAACUGGAAAUUACUUCACGUUUAGAAUUUGGUGAUCCAGGCAAAUUCAAGAGAAUGGAAAAUCUACCUUCAAGAAGGAUUAUAAUUACUCACCUUACUCCCAAUAUACUGCCGAAGUCUGCUUUCAAAAAUAAAGCCAAGAUACUGGUACUGAUUCGAAAUCCAAAGGACACAUUGGCGUCUUUUUUUCAUUUUAACAACAAGGUGCCAACCUUCCCUACAAAAACAUGGGAUGAGUUUUUCACAGAUUUUAUGAGUGGAAAAGUGAGCUGGGGAUCCUACUUUGACUUUGUUAAAGAAUGGGACAAGUACAUUGAUGAUGAAAAUGUCACAUCUGUAACUUAUGAAGAGCUAAAGGAGAAUCCAAACUUGGAAGUGAAAAGAAUAGCUACAUUUCUUGGAUACUCCCUGACUGAAGAUGAGAUUCAAAACAUUAUAGAAAAAAGCAGCUUCAAAACUAUGAAACAAAAUGGACAAGAAAUCCUUGGAACAUUUGGAGAUCUUCUUUUCCGCAAAGGGUUUGUUGGUGACUGGAAAAUGUUGCUCUCAGAAUCCCAAAAUCAAGAAAUGGAUAGAAAAUUUGAAGAGCAUUUAACUGGUACUAAAUUAGGAGAACGAAUAAAGUAUGGCAUUUACUGCAAAACCUGAGGAGUCAGUCUUCAACUCCCUCACAUUGGAGGCCUUUCUAUCUGCAGAAUUGCUUCUUGAAUUGUUACAUGUGGUAGCUUUUAACAAUUUAUUCUCAGGAACCAGAUCCAACAUCUUAAAUUGUGAACAAAUCACUUUCCUUUUUCUUUCAUUAAAACUUGAAAUUGAUAGGUUGAGAAGGCAGUUUUGAAUUGCAUUGCCACCUUCACUCUCCAGUAUGCCUCCUAUCCCCUAAAUUUAACUCCCUGAAACCCCAACCAGUUUGACCAAGAUUCAGGAAGCAAAAACCUGGACACUUGGAAAAUCAAAUAGGUAUGGUCAUUUUUAGUGCUGUCUGGUUUGACAAUGCUAUCAGAUAACCUUUUAUUUCUUUUGCUGUGAGAAUAAUGAAUAGAAACAAAUACCUGCUUUUAACAGAAAUUACUGAAAGAUAUCCUUAGAUUAGUUG